GUGAUUAUCAUCAAAAUGGAGACUGGCAGAGGUGGAAUUGUUUUCCUGGUUUUGUCUGCGUUGUUGCUACAAACUAACUGCGCAGACACAGAGUACAAUGUAGGCAUUGGCAUCGCGGAUAUCACAGGACCCGCUGCACAAGUCAACAUGAUGGGAUAUGCCAAUCCAUCUCAAACAACAAAAGGAAUACAUCUACGUCAGUUCAGCCGGGCCUUUAUUUUUGAGGACAAAAACAAAAACACAGUUCUUUUUGUGAACCUUGAUGCUUGUAUGUUUUCGCAAGGAGUGAAACUGGAGAUCAUAAGACGCCUAAAGUCAGUCUAUGGCACCAAAUACACAGAGAGGAACGUGUGCAUCAGUGGUACACACACACACUCCGGUCCUGCGGGCUUUCAUCAGUACCUGCUGUUUAGCAUUACCUCCCUUGGCUUUGUACGCGAGUCCUUUGAUGCUCUUGUACAGGGCAUUAUCAUUAGCGUGGAAAGAGCAGAGCAGAACUUCCACCCAGCAAACCUGUAUGUAAAUUCUGGAGAGCUAUUGGACUCAAACAUCAACAGGAGUCCCUCAGCCUACUUGUUUAAUCCCCAAGAGGAGAGGGGAAAGUACCGGUAUGACACCGACAAAAAUAUGACGGUCCUGAAAAUUGUUGAUGCCGAUGGCACUCCUCUGGGAAUGAUAAGUUGGUUUGCAGUUCACUGUACGAGCAUGAACAACACCAACCACCUGAUCAGUAGCGACAACAAGGGGCUUGCAGCACUCAUGUAUGAGGCAGACAUCAACGGGAAGAACGUGCUGCCAGGAAAAGGUAGAUUUGUUGCUGCGUUUGCUCAGGCCAAUGAAGGAGACGUAUCACCCAACACCCAGGGUCCUCACUGCCUCGACACGGGGCUGCCAUGUGACUUCAACCACAGCACAUGUAAUGGCAGGAAUGAGAUGUGUAUAGCAUUUGGGCCAGGCAAGGACAUGUUUGAAAGCACUCGUAUCAUAGCAACCAACCAGUAUAAGAAGGCUAAGGAGCUGUUUGACUCUGCUACAACCAAAUUGACGGGUCCAGUUGAUUUCCGACACACCUACACUGACAUGACCAAACAAUCUCUUGAAGGGGGAAGGACCACAUGCCCAGGUGCUAUGGGUUACAGCUUUGCUGCAGGUACAACUGACGGACCUGGGGCUUUCAAUUUUGAACAGAGCAGCACCUCCCCUUCACCGGUGUGGAACUUUGUCAGCCACCUGAUUAAGAAUCCAUCAGCAGAACAGAUCAAGUGUCACCACCCUAAGCCUAUACUUUUGGACACGGGUGAGAUGGACUUCCCAUACGCAUGGGAGCCGGCCAUUGUGGACACACAGCUGCUGAGGAUAGGACAGCUGUUCUUGAUUGCAGUGCCUGCUGAGUUCACAACUAUGGCUGGACGAAGAACAAGGGAUGCUGUUGCACAGAGCCUCAUGGCUCAUGGGUUUACUGAUAAGCCCAUCCCUGUGAUUGCCGGGCUGUCCAAUGACUAUGCAGACUAUGUGACGACCUUUGAAGAAUAUCAGGAGCAAAGAUAUGAGGGAGGCUCAACAAUUUAUGGACCAAACACCCUGGAGGCAUACAUAAAUGUCUACAAGAACCUGUCCAAAGCAAUGACAAUGGGUAGCCCUGUGGCCCCAGGCCCAAACCCUCCUGACCUCAUUUCUAAGCAGAUCAGUUUUCUGCCCCCUGUGAUCCUGGACCGAGCUCCCUUCGGAAAGUCCUUUGCCGAGUGCACCCAGCAGCCUGGAGCUGUGUACAAGCAGGGGGAGAGGGUCACAGCAAAGUUUGUUGGUGCCAACCCAAGAAACAACUUAAGGCUGGAAGACACAUUCCUGAAAGUGCAGUACCAGGUGAACACCUCAAACUUUACAACGGUCUACACAGAUGCUCACUGGGAAACCAGGUUUGAAUGGGAGUCUAAGGGGUUGUUUGAGAGCGAGGUCACAGUGACCUGGGACAUUCCUCUAAACCAGGCCCCUGGCAACUAUGCCAUUCUGUACUACUGCGAUCACAAAGAACUCGGUGGCAACAUUAAUUUAGCAGAAGGGACUACGCAGUCAUUCAAGGUCGUGAACUCUGACAAAAAGUUUGCGACCUCAAAGAUGGAUCAGUAUCAGAAGAAGUUGGAACGCAAAGAGCAGCUGCUGAAGAAUCAAAAUGUGAUUUUGAAAGGAAAGAAGGGGAACUUGAAUAUUCUUUCAAAAAUAUUGAAUGCUCAAAAAGAUAGCAAUACUGUUUAACUGUUUGAUGGUUUCACACUUAGUACCUUUUUUUGUCCCCUACCGGUUUCACCAGAGGGGACGUAUGGUUUUCGCUCUGUGUGUCUGUCUGUCUGUGAGUCUGUCACACUUUUCUGGAUCCUGUGAUAACUUUAAAAGUUCUUAAUAUUUUUUCAUGACACUUAAAACAUGGAUAGAUGGCAAUAUGGACAUUAUGCAUGUCAUUUCAUUUUGUUCCUACGUUAAAAAUUAUGGUUGCUAUGGCAACAAAUAGACUAGAAAUACUGCUGAAAAUGGUCGUUUUCUCGAUCCUGUGAUAACUUUAAAAGUUCUUAAUAUUUGUUCAUGAAACUUGAAACAUGGAUAGAUGGCAAUAAGGACAUAUGCACAUCAUUUCAUUUUGUUCCUAUGUCAAAAAUUAUGGUUGCUAUGGCAACACAUAAAGAAUAAUAUAUUUCUGACAAUGGUGGAACAGGGUAGGGAACAUAUAUUGCUUGGCAAUAGUCUUGUCAUUAAAGUGUUGAGCUUGCAGAUAUUUUGCUCAGGUCAUGAUUAUUAUAUCUUUGAACAAUUGAUGUUUUGUAAUAUUCAUGUUUUUGAUUUUUUGUUGUUAACCAUUGAAAAAUAAAAUAGUGCAAUACAUGCUAAUCUUGUAUGAGCUGCUUCAUGUGAAAAUGGGUUUAUUCCAUAUGGAUCUAGCUAGCUCCAGAGCAGCAUGCGCAUCUGUGUGGUCCAUUCAGGAGCUUCCCUGUCUGCUAAUGAGACCACAAAACCAUGCUUGAUUUUAAAAAAGACAGCAUAACUUGUGACCAUAGCUUGUGAUCAGAGCUUGUGACCAGACAGCUUGUGACCAGACAGCUUGUGCAGACUGGUCUGUAGAAAGGCAUUAGACACAUUUUCACAUGGCUUCUAUGCACUGCCUGAUAAUG